AUCCUCUGCCUUGUUUCUUAGAGAGAUAUACUUGCCGGCCUCUGUGCUAGUGGUAUACUGUCUGUGGCACCAUGCGCAAUCUCGCGCUCGCUGAAACGAGUGUACGCACGUUCGGCGACCUCAACUCUGGCAGCAUCACCUCUACAGUCCUCGACACCGACAAUGGAACGCUAUGGAUGACAUCUGAAAGGAUCAAUGGAGAUGCGAAUGUAGUAGUCGAUGUUUGGAAGAUCGACGCUAUAGGCCUGGACGAUCAAACCUCGUCUCCUGCGACACUUGUAUCGUCUUUGACAACUCCAAAGAAUCACUCCGUCCCGGAUGCUACGCCGCAGGUGGUCUCAAUAUUUCCACUGUUGGAUGAGAGACAGCUCGUGCUGGUCUCGAGAGGAGGAGAUAUUGCGACAUUGCCGAUGGAUGAUCCAACUCCGGAGUUUGAGGUGGUUGGCUCCGUUGAAGACGGCAUCCUCUCUGCAGAAUGGAGUCCUGAUUCGUCUCUACUCACCCUCGUCACCGGGGAGAACAAGCUCGUACUUAUGACAUCGACGUUCGACCCUCUGCAUGAAUCUCCGCUUCACACCUCCGACUUCGGCGAAGACACGCCCAUAAACCUCGGCUGGGGCUCCAAACAAACCCAAUUCCACGGCUCGCUCGGAAAAGCAGCCGCUCAAUCCUCCUCCCCUCUCUCCAACUCCACCUCAGCCCCAAAUCAAACACAAACACAAACACAAACCCACUCCCUCCCGGGAAUCGGUUCUUCCCCAGACGACGACAACCUCCCACAUAUAUCCUGGCGCGCCGACGGAGCCUACUUCGUCGUCUCGUCGCUCACCCCCGCUCCCCCUCCCACAUCAUCCCCCGAAAACAGGCUCAGGAGACGAGUCCUACGGGUCUACAACCGCGACGGCGUCCUCCAGAGUACGUCAGAGCCCGUAGCGGGGAUGGAACACAAUGUGGCGUGGAGACCUGCGGGCGCGGGUGGGCUGAUCGUGAGCACGCAGAGGUUCGCGCCGCAGCAUGCGGGUCAGGGUGGUGAGGAGUCGAAAGUGGAGGGAUUGGCGAGUGGAAGGGAGGGGAGGCAUGAUGUUGUGUUUUUGGAGAGAAAUGGGCUCAGGCAUGGCGAGUUUGGGAUUAGGGAGUGGGAGCGCUUGGGGGGUGCGGAGGGCGUGAAGGGGUUGAAUGUCAAUGUGAAUGGUGGGAAGGGGAUGAGGUGGGGGUAUAGAGUAAGGGAGGUGAGUUGGAGUGGGGAUGGGGGUGUCUUGGGGAUUUGGGUGGAGGGUGGCGAGGGCGAUGUUUUCCAGUUGUGGACGAUUGGGAAUUAUCAUUGGUACCUCAAACACGAGAUUGCCGCUCCGCCACCGCCACCAUCCGCCGACUCUGCAACAUCGCCUACAUCUCGAAAAGGUCGUUUCACUUCGGUGCGAUGGCAUCCCGAACGACCACUCGAACUUAUAUUGACUACUGCCGACCAAAUAAUAUAUCACUCAUACACCCUCACAACAUGCGCCUCACCCCUCGCACCCCCGCACGACACAGGCACCGUCGCAGUCAUCGACGGCACCAAUAUAUUGUUGACGCCGUUUAGGAGUAUGAACGUCCCGCCGCCCAUGGCUGGAUUUACGUUCGAUUUGUCUGCACGGCCAUCGUCAUCGCUAGCGUCCAAGACUAGGAUGGAGAGGAGGAGGACGCCGGCGCAUAUAUGUCUCGUCCCCGGGUCGAAGGAGUUUUCGGGAGCAGUUACAGCAACGAACGCAGGGGUUGCAAUGGGCGAGCGGACGAGCGAGGUCUUAGCUGUGCUCUGGGGUGGUGGGGAGAUCGAGAUGUCGGAGUUGGGGACGAGGGUGGGGCCUGGAAGGGGAAAGGUUGCUAGGCCGGUGUUGGUCUGGAGGGGGUCGGCGGGAGAGGAAGGUGGAGAAAACGUUGGAUGGCGGGAGGCUGUCGUUGUGAGGCAUCAGGAUGGGACGGGAUGGAGAGUCGGGGUACUAGGAUGUGAUAUGGCUGCUGGGAAGGACGUAGUGAAGAUCUUGAAGGUGGAUUUCAAUGCUGGUGGGAAUGAUGAGGAAGUGAAGGUGGAUGAGAUAGAGGAAAAGAAGUUGUCGUUGGAUGGUCCUGGGUGGAGGUUUGUUCAAGUAGCAGAGGGUGCUGAUGGGGCGCUUGCAGUGCAUGACAAGAAAGGAGCGGUAUUCGAUCUAACGAGCGAACCAAACGCCCUCGCACUCAACCUCGUCGCAGACCUAGGCACACAAUGCGACCAAGUCGAACGCACCACUUCCACUACUUCCUCAUCUUCGACUCCAGCGACAACAGUCUACAUCGGCCUUUCCCGCUCUGGCACGCUGAUCUGUGCGGUAAACUCAACGAAGGACUCAAAUCGCAUCUUAUCCCAAAAUGCGAACUCAUUCACUAUCGUAUCUGGCUUGGUGAUCUAUACCACGACUUCGCACGAGUCGUGGUACGUUCCUAUCUCUUCAUUGAAUGGUGCUUCUGCCACAGAGGCUGGUUUGCUCGCAGGCGCAGGAUCCAGUGCAGGAGGAGGGACAGGAGGAACUGGAAAAGAAGUAGCAGGGACGGAAAAGAGAAGAGUAGAAAGGGGAUCGAGGAUCGUAGUGGCCGUGCCCAGCACGAUGAGCCUCGUGCUGCAGAUGCCGAGGGGGAAUCUGGAGACGAUUAAUCCGAGGGCGAUGGUCAUGAGGGUUGUUAGGGAUGAUGUGGAUGCUGGAAAUUACAGGAAAGCGUUCCUCGCGUGUCGCAAACACAGAGUAGAUCUGAAUGUGCUGGUUGAUCACGAUCCGGAGAAGUUCAGAGAGAGGCUGGGAAGUUUCUUAGAUCAGGUGGACGAGGUGGAUUAUGUGAACUUGUUCCUAACGAGUUUGGGGAGCGGUACACAACCACCUGAGAUCAUCGCCUCCCUCUGCGACGCUAUCCGCAUUGAGCUCGAGCGACGUGAUCUCAAGAAAUAUGUGAACUCGAUAUUGACGGCGUAUGUCGUGAGGAGACCCCCAGCUCAUGAGGCGGGGUUAGGCGUUUUGUUGAGGUUGAAGGUUGAAGAUCCGACCCUGGUUGAAGAGGCAGUGAAGUAUAUCAUCUUCCUGGUGGAUGCGAAUACGCUUUUUGAUAUAGCGCUGGGAAUGUAUGACUUCGAGCUCGUGUUGAUGAUAGCCCAGCAUGCACAAAAGGAUCCACGAGAAUACCUCCCAUUCCUCCGUGAACUUCGAGCGUUGGAGAAGUACUACCAGAGGUUCAGGAUCGACGAUCAUCUCAAGAGAUACGAGGGUGCGCUGAGGAACUUGAAGCUUGCAGGAUCGGAACAUUUUGAUGAGGCGAUGGAGUACCUGGAGAAACAUCGAUUGUACGAGUUGGGCCUCGAGCUUUGGAAUGGGACGGAGGAGUACCCGACUGUCUUGACCAUGUAUGGCGAGUAUCUUUUCGAGCGUCGAGAGUUCAAACAAGCGGCCAUCAUCUUCGUAGAGGCAACAGAGUCCGCAAAAGCCAUGAUCGCCUACGAGAAAGCUCUACAGUGGCGUGAGCUCAUGGACCUCGCAGAACGAGAAAAUACGCCACAAGAGGAUAUCGAGGCGAUGGCCUAUCGGAUUGCCGAGGACUUAACGUCCAAGAAACGAUACGCCGAAGCUAGCCUUGCGCUCCUCGACUACGCGAACGACGUUCGCGAAGCCGUUAUCGCUCUUGUACAGGGUAACGAGUUUUCUGAGGCUCGUCGAGUGGCAACCCGGCAUUCGAGACCAGAGCUUUUGGAAGAGAUUAUUCAUCCAGGUACACUUGAGUCUCGCGCACAGAUCUCGGAAGAGAUUGGGGAGAUGAGGGAACAACUGAGAAAGCAGGUCGUGAGAGUUAGGGAGCUGAGGGUCAGGAAGGUCGAAGAGCCGGACGCGUACUACGGCAAUGAGGACACAGAGCUGCAUAAUGUGGAUGUGAUGACGGACGUGUCGCAGUUUACUGCAUUCACGCGAUAUACGGCUGCACCUUCAAAUGUAUCCAAAACCACGUCCAAGCGGAGCUCACGCUCGAAGAGGAAAAUGGAGCGCAAGGUCGGGUCUGGGCGGAAGGGGACGGUAGACGAAGAGGAAUACCUGCUCAAGUCGAUCACGAAGCUGGUCACAAAGUUUGGAAUAGUCCAAGAUGAUGCCAGCAACCUCAUUCCACAUCUGCUCCAAUUGACACCAGAGCACCGUGCCGAAUCCCGUUCCCUUCAAUCCGAACUCUCUGCCUUCGAAACUGAACUUCGAGGUGCGAUCGACGAGAUAUGGACGAAGCCUCAGUCUACCGCUGCCGAGGGGGGCAUGGAAGGAAGUGGCGAGGAGCCUGUAGACAGUUGGGCGAAGAGGAUGGAAGAGAGGGAGAAAGAUAAGGAAAAAGCCAUCAGGGAUGUCGUUCGGCCGGAAGUCAAGGUUGGGGAGGAGUGGAAGGUUAAGUUGGUCGAGGUGGGGUUUAGGGGAGCGGAUCAUUAGAUCGGGUUACUUUUGUUUGUUUUUCAGGGAAGGUCAUGGCAGGUGCGUGAUGGGUAUUUCGUUCAUGAUGAUAAUAAGUGAUAUCAUCUGUAGCUCUAUGUCUGAGAGGUUUCACAGUCGA